AUGACUGAACAUCAAGCGCGAUGUGGCAUUUUUGAAAUUAAUACACCGGUAGCAGAGAAUAUCUCCUGCAACCCUUGGGGUCGAUGUAUUUCAGAGCUUGAAACAUUCCUAUUGGAUUGCGAUUUUCGUGGCCCCGACAAACUUCUCCAGUCGCUCAUAUUCAUCGCUCGCAAUGUGUUUGUUCCUUACCGCAUCACGCACCGCGACGUUCAUGCUGUAUACGACCCUCUUGGCCUGUUGGCCGAACUGAUUGAAUCGUCUCUUUCACUUGUCGUCAACAAUCACCAAGGUGUCUUGUCAAGGGAACACAAUACUGAAAAUGACCUUCCUCAGUUCUAUAUUCGGGUGCAAGAAUGGGACAGAAACGAACUUUUGGAUACAUUACCACUAUAUUCCAAUAACUUUCCAUCGGACAAAGAUUGGGUUACUGAAGUUAUCGGACAACUCGAACAAAAGCCGGACUCUAUCUCCGUAUCACUGCUUUACGCUGGCGUUACGACGACUUCUACAACUGCCCAAAAGUGUGCAGAAGCGGACAAUUUACAAAGCAAGAGUGGUGGAACUCGCUUGCUCAACUGGUUCUCACUGACGACUGGAAGACAUCCCAGCGUAUUCACGAUCAAAAACUCAGGAUGCCGCCUGUCACUGACCGUGAACACUUUUAUACCCAAAUUGGAUAUCUCGAGGAUAUAUUCAUCAAAGCAAUUGAAGCAUGUUCCCUGA